UGCAAGCUUGUUUUUUCACCACUUAGAUUAUAUCCUUUUUGUGCUUUAACCUCUGAAGGAUUUUAGGAGAAGAUUGGAAGGUGCUGAACUCAGGACAGCUGAAAUCAAAUGGUACUCAUUUAAGAAGUCUUCUUAAUAUAUGUCUGUCAUGCAUGUGAAUACAUUUCAGUGUGAGCAGUGGUUCCCAUUGUGGCCGUUUCAGCAUAAACAAAGCUGGACAUCCUUCAUCGAAAGCAGAAUGUGUAGAAUAGGAAUGUUCUGUGGUGAUGCCAUCCCUUUUUCAGUAUGCCCUGCCUUAAACUAUGCAAUAGGCUACUGACCUGGUGUAUUGUUAAAAAGCAAUUUUGGUGUAUUGUUAUUCCUUUGAUUCAGAAUACAGUGGACACACUAAUUUCAUGAAGGCUAAAGACUAUAUCAAGUAAAAACAAAUUAACAAAGCCAAUAAGAAAACAGGAUCUGCUAGCUGAGGUAAUUCACAGGAGUCAGUCUAAAUAGGUUCCAUAGGACUUACAUGUGUAUAGGAUUGCUGCACCCCCUACCCUAACUCACUUUGGAUGAACUUUCCCAUUCCUUUCAUGUAGAGUAUGAAACACUCUGAGCAAACCUACUUCUGGUUUACACCUAUCCUAGGAUUUAUGUAUGUAGACCUAAUUCAUUAGCCCUUUAAUUUUGCACAGUCCCAAACUUCAUAGACAAUUUACAUAUAACAAUAUUCAUUUUUCUACAGCAUGGACUAAUUGUAUUAGUAAUUGUGUUUUACAGAGGUGUGAUAUCUAUGGUGAAUAGAAACAGGAAGAUGAGGAAUGCCAAAAUAAAAUCAUCUGCCUUCAUCACUAAACUUGCAGUAUAACAUGACAUUAACUAUAAAAAUAUAUAAGCCAUCAACAGCUAUUAUAGGUUAAUAAAUCUUAAGGGAGCUUUGUUUGAAGAUUUGGAUGGCCUUUGGGGUUUUUUAUUACUAUGAUCUGUUCUAUCUUUUUUCCCCCCUGGCCCUUCAGAAUCUGAUGCAUUUGACAUUCAUGAACCAUAAAAUCACAGGAUUUAAUUCUCCUUGGCUCCACAAGAUCAGACUGUAGGUGGGGUUCACAUUUUUCAGUCUCUAAAGGAAACCUAGCAGGAAAGGAAGAAGACUACCUGUAACUCUUAUUAUUGAUAUAUUUGUUUGUUACAUGGGGAGAGCCUUUGAAAUGCAUCUCCUGUUAUCUGCAAUCUGAAGCAAUAUGGAACAGGAAGGACUAUGUCAUGCAACUUAAUUGUAUGCCUAACUCUGCUCUUAGUUGUUUAGAAUAUGCCAUUGUGGUUGUAGUGAGUAUUUUGUCAAUGGGCAGCUUUUGUAUCUGUUUCACAGAUUGCCUGGCUUUACACCGGACAGGAGUUUUCAGAGUGCCAUCAGUGACUUCUGAUUCUCCAGCUGACUUGCGGUUCUGUGUAACAGAAAUACCAAACCAGUGUAGUCCACUACCAUGCAAUGAAGAUGGUUAUAAAGAAUGCAGAGAUGGACAAGCCAAGUUCACAUGUAUCUGUAAGCCUGGUUGGCAAGGAGAGAAAUGUGAAGAAGAUAUAAAUGAAUGUGACGAUCCAACAAAUAUAAAUGGAGGAUGUAGUCAGACAUGUAUUAAUUUUCCGGGAAGUUAUCGCUGUACCUGUGAAGAUGGUUAUUACAUACAGCCAAACAAAUUGGACUGCAAAGACAGGAACGAAUGCAUGUUAAACCAGAACAUUUGUGGGACAGCACAAUGCAGGAAUACCCCUGGAAAGUAUGAGUGUGAAUGUGCAGAAGGCUACACCUAUAACUCAACUGCAAUGAGAUGUGAAGAUGUGGAUGAAUGUGCUGAAAAUACGUGUUCUCAGAUAUGCAUCAAUUCUCCAGGAAGCUACGCUUGCUAUUGUGAUGGCGCAAAAGGCUUCAAACUUUCCAGGGACACGAAAACUUGUGAGGCUGUACCAACCUGCCUUUCUCUGUAUCUUGAAACAAAUUAUGAAUUGCUUUACCUGGCAGAGCAAUUUAUAGGGAUCCCUGUUUUGUAUUUAAGGUUUAGAUUGCCAGAAGUUACAAGAUUUUCUGCAGCUUUUGACUUUCGGACGUAUGAUAAUGAGGGUGUUAUUCUGUAUGCUGAAUCCACUGACAACACAGCAUGGUUUUUGCUUGCCCUGCGUGAUGGAAAGAUUGAAAUUCAGUUCAAGAAUGAAUUUGGAACCAAAGUAACGAGUGGUGGCAAAGCAAUUAAUGAUGGCUUUUGGCACAUGAUCUCAGUGGAAGAACUGGAUCACAGCAUCAGUGUGAAAAUAGAAAAAGAAGCAGUAAUGAACAUUAACAGUCCAAGAAACCUUUUUAAGCCAUCCAAUGGGUUCCUGGAAACAAAGGUGUAUAUUGCAGGACUACCUCGCAAAGUGGACAACAUUCUCAUUAAACCGAUUAACCCCCGACUGGAUGGGUGUAUUCGUGCCUGGAACUUGUUGAAUCAGGGAAAUUCUGGUGUAAAUGAUAUAAUUCAACAGAAAAGAAGCAAACACUGCUUAAUACGUGUUGGAAAGGGAUCUUACUAUCCUGGUACUGGAGUGGCAAGAUUUGGUAUAAACUACAAUAACAGCUUUACCAAUGCAGAAGACUGGUUAAUAAAUGUGACCAUGACCAUCCGUCCAUCUACAGGCACUGGUGUAAUGUUUGCAUUGGUUUCUCGUGAAACAGUGCCGCUUGCUUUGUCUAUAGCAGACUCCAACUCAUCAGACUUUCAGGAAAUCAUUGUUUCUAUUGAGAAUGUCACUGUUGCCCGCUUGGAGUCAGAGGAUUUGUGUACCUCAAAAACAGUGCAACUGGGACUCAGAGUCACUAGACACCUGCUUGAACUUACAUCUGAAUCACAUUCUGAGAUUACCUACUUUGGCGAGCAGCUCUCUGUCCUUGAUCGAGCAAUGAACGGAACUGUUGAUACCUACAUAGGAGGGCUUCCUGAAGUUCCAGUUGAGGCCACCCCAGUAACAGUUUUUUACAAUGGUUGCAUGGAAGUGAAAAUCAAUGAUAGGCAGCUGGAUCUGGAUGAAGCAAUCUACAAAAAGAAUGACAUUAGAUCACAUUCAUGCCCGUUGCUUAUAGAGGAAAUGCCACGGCCUCAAGCCAUUUCUCACCCUUCCCUUCAUUAAUCUCAUAUGAAAGUCCAGAUUGUUUGCACAAGAUGGGUAAAGACAAACUGAACUGUAAAGGUCUGAUUUUCUAAUGAUCUGUUUUGAGAACAAAUAAUUUGCAUCCUUUUCCAAUAUAAAGGGACCGUAUCAAAAUUAAUAUUCUGUCAAAAUAGUGUCAUUUAUAACAUUUCAAGAUUUUUAGUUGCAUAAUUUACUUGUCAACAUUUAUGCAGUUCAUAUUUUGUAUUUUACUUACUUUGGAGAAUAAAACAAAAAACCAUAUGUCUGCACACAGCUUGACAUCUUGAUUCUAAUGUAUUGUGGCAGCAAGAAAAGGCACUGAAUAGAUAUUUCAUUUUUCUAACAAACAAUAUUCCACCAAUAUCCUAUGAACUCUUAUAUAAGCAAUCAUUCACAGAAAAUCUUGCAACAAUGUUUCAAGAAGUGAUGGUCACAGCUAGAUAAUGGUAACACAAACAUUUAGGAACAAAGCACCAGUGAGACAAUAAACUGUAUUAUUUUUUAACUGUUUUUUUCACAAAGAAAACUUAUUAGUAGCAGCAGCCACAGUAUACUUUCUGAUCUCCAGUACAUUCAAAAAUAAAGUAGGCCAAUAUUUUAUGUAUAUAACCUGCUGAAUCAAGCAGAUCACCUUCUAUUGCAUAUUUCACAAUGAUACACAUACAGUAAAAUAUGAUGAAAGGAUUGUAUCUGACUUGACGGGCUGAUUGUAAGUCUAUAUAUUUGUUAUGCACUCUCCACAAAGGAUCCCUACAUUAUACUAGGCAGAAUUAUGUGUUUGUGAAUUAGCAUGGUAUCAUUCAUUAUUGCAGACCACAAAUAUGGUCUCUGUGGCAUCCCAUUCAUAUUUCCUCACAACAUAAAGUACAUUUCUUUUGAUUAAAUGAGUUUGUUCAACCCAUUCGUAAAGAUUUCGUUGUGGCUUGGAACCAAUGCUUUGUUUUCAGACAUUAAUAAAGUAUAGCUUGAAAAGAACUUGAAAACUAUAAGAUGAUACUGCCACUUAAAGAAAUGUGGUUUCCAGUAGAAUUCAAUGUCAUUCUUUACUAUGUAAUUAAAUUGAUCUGAGGCACACUUAAGUAGCACUAGAGAACUCAACAGAUUUCCAGAUCAAUUGUUCUGACACAGAACUUCAUAUUUCUGAUGCUUCAAAUAGCACUUGCUGAUAUGGAAACAUGGCCAGGACCUCUGCUUUAACCAAAACCUUGUUUUGACACCUGAUACUACCAACACAUGAUUAGAUGCAAGUUUCAACUUCCAAGUGAGGAUGUCUGAGGUCAUGCUACUAAAUAUAAGUUAAACCUCAAGCCAGCUAACAUCUUGAACCUAAAGCACAGGCAAGUAGACAUUAAUGGGACUUAAGUCUUUCAUAACAGUGUGAUUCUGAGGAGCCAAAUAAGCUUCUUCUACCUUACUCAAGUAACAGCAUGAAUAAGAUGGUAGGCUUGUGUAAGAAGCAUGUGAACAUACAUGGUUUUGAUGCAUUUUUCUGUGUAAGAGCUUGCCAUGCUAGAAUAUUUAGGGGUGCAAUCCUCUGCAAGUUUAGACAAGGGAAAAAACAACACCCAGCACAGUAGGGUGGGGUGUGCUGAGAGUUGUAUGCCUUUUUUCUGCCUAAAUUUGGACAGAAUUCCACAAGAAAUGAUGUGACUGUUUGGGAAAUGAUGCCAAAGGAGCACAGAACAGUUCUAGUUGACUGGAUACAUAGCUAGCUGUAUGCAUCUGUUCACUGUUCCUUACUACCACUGUUUCACAGAGGUGUUAUCUGUCUUAGCAUAUAAUAAGGAUGCAGAGUGUUAAUGUGUGCCAUGAGCAGAUUAGAUUUUGUUCCUUUUCAUUUUUAAAGCACUCCUGUCUAAGAAAGCAAAGUGUAGCGAGGAAUACUUAAAUAGAAACAUACUAAAUGACAUCUACCAAACUUCCUCCUCCUUUAAGCAGUCAUAUUCAUAAUAGUAACAGUUAGACGAUGCAUUGAACAGUUUAGAUUUUUUCUGAAUAAAGUUGAUAUAAGCAGAUGUAUUUUCAAGAAAUUUACCAAAUAUUUUUGAGUUCUAUUUUGUGUCUUGUAUGAAUAUUGCAAUGGGUUGAGGUUCUAAUGUACAAUACUGGGUUGGAUUUUACAAAGUGUAAAUGCUGCUCUGUUUAACAAAAUAAAGGAGAUCUACCAUUCUC